CCCACUGUGAAACGAAACGCAGCGUUGAACCGUUGAACGCGCAGAGAUGAGCUAACCGUGCUAACUCACUUUAACCCGAGCUAAGACCAGUCUGGUUGUUUAUCACAGGCGGAGUGAACCAGCAGCUUCCCGGGUAACUAGCGGGUGACUCUGUGUGUAACAGCGGGAAGCCAUGUGUGUAACACGGGUCAGUUCCAGCUGUUGUUUUGUUCUCCUCCUGGGUUAAUGUGUGUUGUUGUUAGGCCUGCUUCACGUUAGCUAACUUAGCUAGCACUUAGCCUCCGCUGGUUCCUGGAGCUCAUCACGUCCCACAAAGGGCGAGGGGGGAAAUGACAAACCUCCGCAGCGGAUAACUUCACACAGCCGGAGUGUCGCCAGGAAGACAACUUUAGUCUUUUUGACCAGGGAUCAGAGAUUUAUUCCCCAACUAUGAGAGCCUUAGCUCAGUGACAUCACACAAACAUGGAGCUGUACUGGUACAUAGUUGUCAUCAUAUUCAUCAUCAUCAAGAUAUUCUUCUACGUGUGCUGGUACCGAUCCAGACAGAGGCAGCUGGCGGCCUACCUGAGCAACCCACGCAACGCCCAGAUAGUCAUAGUCGGAGGAAGAGCGUACCUCCAUCAGAUGUGUGAGAGACAGAGUCAAACAUCUGUGUGGCCGAGCUGGUAUGGUGUUCAGGAUGAACUGUCAAUAGAGGAGCCCUCCACAACGCUGCCGCCCACAUCAUCCGUCUCCCACCUCGACAUGCCGCCACCAUAUGAGGCAGUCUCUGGAGAGGACGACCUCAAGCCCCCGCCCUACAGCGAGUGUGCCCUAGUCGACGAGACCGACGCCCCCUGUCCCUCCCAUUGCACUCCUCUAAUUCCUGAGGAAGGAGACUCGUCCAGCAUAAACGAAGCCCCGCCUCCCUACACAGCGUCCCCCUUCACACAAGUCAGUCUACAAGACGGCCCUAUUAGCCUAAGUGAGUGCGAGUCGGCGAGCAGGUCCGCUUAAUCGAUCCCCGAUGCCAGUUUGCCUUUUCCAUGCACUGCCUUCCUACAUUCAACCUCAGUGAUCGUCGCCAGCCUAACUCUCAUCACAUGAGAGCAGAAGCUUAUUUGGACGCAAGUGUGUGUGCGUGCGUGUUUGGUGGUUUUCAGAGCCGACUUGUUUUUCUACUUGUAUUGUUGUCAUCAAAAAGUGGUCAUCUGACGAGCGUGGCGAAAACAGAUGACAACAGCAAGCCUGUGUGCCCCAGUCAGGACCGCAGAACCUGCCUCCCAGCUAGGACGAGGAUAACACCCUCCACUCAAAGCUCCCAGGAAAUCGCGGAGCUACAGAUAAGCAGAGAGAGACAGAGACUUUAAAGUGUGUUUUCUUUCUCCCAAGUUUUCUGUUAGUCUGAAGCCACUUCCUUUCACAGAUUAAUUCACUUUAAAAGCAGGGGGGGAAGUUGGGGAAAAUCAGAGGAUUAGCAGUUGUUAGUACUUGCUGCUGUGCUACACAUUAGUUCAUGCUUGUGUGUUGACACUGUUCUCAAAACAAUAACUGUACAACAGUCUAAGGUUGAAAACUCGUAGCGUCUAAAAUCCAUGGCGUCUAAUGAUGUACAUGUGGACAUUAAAUGAACAGUCUCAACUUCUUCAAACUGUUUGCACAUUUGUUAAUGUGCAGACAAAGAAGUAUUAGUAACGAUUGCACUGCCCAUCUUAAAGAUGACCUCGUUUGCAUUACUGUUGUUGUUUAUUAUAUCAUCGUGAUUAUUCCUGGGGGACAUAAUCAGGCAACUCCAGUGCUUAUUACGUCUGUGAAUGGAAGUGAGCGAGGGUGAGCAGGAAAAGGGAACACAUUGAUGAAAUAAACGGAACAAAUUGUGGCAGUAGACAAGAGAUUGUUCUCUGUUGAUUGUCAUCAUUCCCGCCCCGUUUUGUUUCUGUUCCUGCUCUACAUUAACACCUACGUGCCGGGAUGCAAGGUUCUGUCCAAACAUCUAUUUUGGUCUUUCUGAAAGGCGCCCUUUAAGUUCCGCCCUGGUAUUAACUUCCGUCCUGUAAGUUCUGAUCCCACGUGGUCGGCGUGAAGGUCGUCUCUUCACACCAAACUUUAAAUUACGUCCUGAACGCGUCUCCUGUGACCACUUGUGAUAUGAUCUCACCUCCCCGCUCUAUAUGCAAGUAAUCGUGUCAUUUCUGUUCGCAAAGACCAAAUCAUGUUGUUCAAAUCAUGUAAAUAUGUGUCUACUUGUUUAUGUUACAUCUUUAGGACCCUUUUCAGACAUGACCUCAUAGAGACCAAAGCCUGGUCCGAAUGAGUUCAAAUGUCAUAUCUGAGGUCCUGGUUAAGGUUUGGUUUAUUAUGUACUUUGUGGUAAGGGUUUGGUAUGAAUUAUUCAAGGUUAAGUUUAGGUAAAUAGGCUUUGGUUUGGCUGCUCACAAUGAUUGAAAGUCAAUGCAUCGUCCUACUAAGGAUAGCUGCGCCAUCGCGUGUGUGUGCAUGAGUGUGUAAGAGAAAUCCCUGCACAUCUUUACAAAUCAAUCUGAUUCUAACAACUGCCACAUACGUCCCAAUGUGAUCUGAGUGAUUGGAUCUCAAAUGUGUCCUCAAUGCUUCUGUAUGCGCUCACAUCUGUAUUAAGAGCUUGUGAUCAGCCAUUACAGAUGUGACAGAUUCCAGGUCAGAAUAGUUGAAGUCCUUGAACUCAUGACGACACAUAUUCUGUAGUUGUUGACCCAGUUGUCGGAUCAGAUUUGAUGUUGUGAAUUUUAAUAUUCAGUUUGGAUGAUGUGUUACAAUCCUGAAACAAAACGCCCGGCUUCCUGCUAAUGCUUUAAGUCAAAACUCAGUUAUCACUUUUUUUUCUCCUAUGAAAACGACCCAAAAGAAAAUGAUGCCAUCAGCUUCUGUUCCUUGUCAUCUCCAUGUGAAUCUACCACAGGCUGGUAGAGGUCAGUCGUUUCUUCUCCUGUGCUCUCUGUUAUAGUAUUGCUUUUGGAAAAGGUUAUUAAUGUGUUCUUUGCUUUUUAUGUGUCACUGCAUUUCAGAUAAGUCUGUAUAAUGAUGAUGCUCCACCUCUCAUGUUCUGUUUCCGCAAGAAUAUAAUCUGUGUACAGUUUCUGAUAGAAAAAGAAAAGCAAUUAAAUGCUGUAUAAACAUAUUUUUGGGCCUGUGGGAAACUAUAUAUGUAUAAAAAUAAUCUGAAAAUGUCACAACUCAAUGUGUUACAAUGAUAAUCCUCCGUAUUGUGAUGACAAAUCGUGGAGCAGCCGUCACUGAUAGGCUACCACACAAUCUCUCCUGUGGUUACACAAUCUGGACGAUGCAACUGAGAGGCUGCGUUUAUACGACACAGCUUGUACAAGCGCGUGGCCUUGACCUCGGUUGACAUCACUAUAGCAGCAGCAUGAUGAAGACUGACCACCCAAACUUUAGUGUUACAGGCGUCCACUGUAACCCACGACCUGUUUGUCCACUUCAUGUUCAUUACUGUGGUGGGUGACCCGUCCGAUCUCUUCAGUGAGUAGCUUUGUGAGUUGAGGGGAUUUUUAUGUUUUGUCUGAUUUUUGGGGAAAUGUGUCUUCUGUAUUAAACUGUUGUUCAUAAUA